AUGGCUUUUACGGUUAAAAGCUCUGAAUCAGCUUUGACUGCAGAGAGGGAGAAGGGAAGUACUAUUGAUUAUCACAACAGAGACAAAGGGGAAAAUAAUAAGGACUCUUUGAAAGUUGGCGAUGGCAUCUCAAGCCAGCUCCAGUUAAAAUCCCUUUCUCAAACGUUCGAUAAACAUGUUGUCCUCAGGCGCAUCAAGAAACGCAAGUCCUAUAAUAAAGCCAAAAGCGCUUUUGAGUCUCUUCUAGGCAUUUUGAAAACCGAGGCAAACGCUGCCCAAGAACAGAAGUUGCUACAACAUGAUGAUACUUUCUCUUCUCCUUAA